ACAGCAACGACCAACAGGCUCAACUACAUUGGCCAUUAGGCAACAGUAAAACAUUACACAGGCUCACUCGUACGCUUGAUUUUUCUAAGGGCCAAAAGAGUACAAGCAGUUCGAAAGUCUCCUCUAACGCCGCUCCCGUUUGUUUCUGACGAUACGAUUGUGUCGACCCGAAAAGUACGACCAAUCAAUUAGUAUUUACUUUGUUACCCAUUUACACGAAUUGCGAGUUUCGGUCUUGUACAGCACAGAGGAAAUCAUGAGCAUCUUUAGCUCUAGCUCGCUACGGUCAUUUGAGGACUUCAAAGAACGUAUUGGCGCUCAGUUUCGUCAAACUCUGAAAAACAGUUCUUCCAAGGAUGUUAGUGCGCCACCUAGCCCGCCGGCCUAUGAAUCUCGAAGGCCAAGUGUUGUAUCGAAAUCGAAGUCUGCAGAGCGUGUCUGCGUAACCGACCCUGCUUUUGUGUUACUAGACGUAAUGUUAGCGGAACUCGCCAAACGUCAAUCGGCUAGGACGUUAGAGGAUAUCGGCUUGAGGGCAGGUCGAUGCAUAGUUGAUCUCUUACCAAUAGGUCUACAGCUGGCCCCUAAUAAUCAGGAGUUAGCUAAAUUCAUUCAGAGAACCUUUUGGAAAGCCGUUUUCGGAAAGCAAGCCGAGCAUCUCAAGCGUGCUAAACGAAGUGACCAAACGUAUGAUAGUUUCUGCAUUGACGAUUCGGAGUUCCGUUGGGGAAGCAAGCUAGUUCGGGCGGCGGGCGCUGUCAAAGGUGAUGUUGGUCUCUGUUCUCGAUAUUGCUGCGGGCUUAUCCGUGGAGCAUUACAAGCAGUGAGCUUCGACCCUGCUCACAGUGAAGAGAACGCGAUAGCCGUACAGUGUGAAAUUUCCAUUAAAGGAUAUACUCGUUUCUGGAUAUCACUCCAGAUUACGGAAUCAACUAUACCGUGCUUGAACGAAGGCUAUGGCGGGAUGAGCAUCGAAAAACAGAUGGCUGCUGAUAUCGGUCGAUUGUUUAGAGUAGAACUCAUUCGUCAAAGUUCAAUAGCUGAUAACAGCGACACUGGUAAUAACAGCAGCAACGUGACUGAAUCGUCGCCGCACCGCGAUAAAAACCUGAAUGAUACCGCCAAAAAUUGCUCUGACGCUAAACUCGAUUCUACUCGCAAUUUAAAUGGCGGUCUUUUUUGAAAAAAGGAUGGUCAUGUGGCGAAGACGGAAACAUGAUUUUGUCCCUAUAAUGAUUUAGUUGGCGUCGACGUACGGACUAUUGUCGCCUAUUGUUCUAUUGGGCCCUACGCUAGCCAAGAUACAAACCCACACACUGGAACAUAUAAGCGUGAACUUAUAAUAGCUCUGUAGGUACCAAAUCGAUGUCCUCCAGACGGAUAUUACCUAUCAUACAUUUUUUCUGAGGAGCCUUCCACCCUCGUAACUGAUGUGCCCCUUCAACAAGCAGAGAUGAACGGAUGCUUAUCGAAAUACGGAAAGUUGCCAUGUGAGUGCGAUACACAAACGCCAGAAGCACAACCAUCAUGAUGAAUCACCGGAAAUGGAUCGGUUUCCGAACCGCAACGCAUAAAAAACAACACUGGCCGUUGGCGAUAGCUAAACAGAGGCGUCUGACGCUAAAUGUCCUAUGUUGAUGACGAAUCAUAAUUUUGAAUUUCGUUUAUAUCGCGUCAGGCUGAGUGCAGAGUCGGCCUUGAGAAAUUUUACAAGAGGCUUUCCCUAUAUUGAAAUUUGUGUGUGUAUGAUGUACUUGAUAUAUGUAAUACCUGGUUUAACAACGUCGUAUGUACGUUUUCAUUCGGCGUUCAGCCUUUUCGUCCAGCAUGACGUGUAUAAUUCCAUAUCUAGUGAUUAGCUUGCUUUAAAACGCCUUUAAAAAUAUAUAAUCAUUCUGUGAUGAAAUCUAUAGAAAUCUAGAGUCUGGCGUCCUCGAAAGCUUUUCUCCGUCUUUACCUAAUUUUCCUAUUUUUAGAAAGCGAAUCAUUUUUUUCGCAUAAAUUAGUGCUGUUGUACACCAAAAUACACCUGCUGGUCGUUUUACCAUAAGCAAUUAACUUGAAUACAUUUCAAAAAUCACACUAUCAGUCUAAAUACGGUCACCAUAUGACAUCGUGUGCGCUGAUUAAAUAAUAGAAAAGCACACAAACUCCAACCUUUUCAAGAACCAGGUAAACAGCAAAUACGUUACUAAUGUACUUCAAUAGACCCUUUGUGAUGCCCAAAAAAAAUAUCACACAAAAUGUAUUAUUUUAUUGUAAUGAUACA